GCCACUACCAUGUCUUCCGAAGAAGAGGAGAUUGCCCGCACCGGCGGAAAGAGUCACAAGAAGAGGAGAAUUGGGCGUGCCUGCGACAUGUGCAGGCAGAAGAAAGUCCGCUGCGAUGGCGAAGAUGGAAAGCGAUGUACGAACUGCAUCACAUUCGAUGACCGGUGCACGUACGUACACAGUGCCCCAAAGCGUCGCACUCGUCCGAAAGGGUACGUGGGACGACUGGAACAGCGUGCAGCACAGUUGGAAGAGCUGCUGAACAAGCUUUGCCCGGGCUUUGACCUUCUCGAAGACUUUGGAGCGGCAGUAGAAGAGAGCUCCAAGAUCAACGCAGAGCAGGAAAGUGACGAAGAAGAGUUCAGAGCUGGUCUUGAGCACUCUCUCUCCGGUUCCGGUCCAGACUUCUCGCAUGCCAUCCCACCAUCCCUCGGCUCGCCGCCCAUACCUGCUCCAAAUAGCUCUCCAAGUGCACUUUCUGCUGUGCCCAGUUCCGCAACUCUGAACAGGCACCUGCAGGGCCGCUCGCAGCCCCUCAAUGUGACGACGGACGACGUGGACCUGUUGCCGUCCGACGACGACCGGACGACACGCAGCUCACUGUCGAAACGGCUGGACCAGAUUCGGAACACCAUACGGUUCUCAGACGUCGAGAUGGACGCUGAGUCCCCCUUGUCAGCCUCGUCGCACGAUUUUGACAGCCCAGGGCCCUCGCACAUGCACGCACGGAGCAUGUCCACCGGGUCGCUGACGAGACGCUCCUCUGUGCCGCCCCUGAAUCAGAGCGCACUGACCGCAUUCGUAGCUGACAAACGAUUCUUUGGAAAGAGCAGCCACUUUUCCAUAUUGAAGACCGCCGUAGACAUGAGGAGCGAGUACUGGCGCAGCGCCGGGAUCCUCGGAGGCGCCUCCCACGAAACGGAGUCCGACAGCCCGAAAGAGGACCAGCAAGGUCAGAGCCCGCUGCAGUCUAACGAGGACGAGACAGAGGGGAGAGUAGACCAGCCCGACCUGUUACCUUGCGGCUGCCCGAACUACGGCGCACUCCACCCAUGGGCGCUCGCGGUGACGCCCACGAAGUUCGUCUUCCCGCACGCGGCGCUCCUGCGCUCGCUCGUCGCGACCUACUUCGACGUCCAGAACACGUACGUCCCGGUCCUGCACCGGCCGACGCUCGAGCGCGGCAUCGCCUCGGGCCGGCACCGGCGCGACGAGGACUUUGGCGCCGUCGUCCUCCUCGUGUGCGCCCUCGGCUCGCGCUGGGCGACCGAGCGCACCGUGCUCCUCGGCGUCGGCGACGACGAAGGCCGUGCCCUCGUCACCGUGCACGACUGUCCCCCGCGCGACCACCAUGACCACCACUGCCACCCCCUCCACCACUCGCACCACCACCGCCAGAACCAGCAGCAGCACGGGCCCGAGGGCGUCCCGGACGACUUCUGGCGCGAGGGCGAGGAUGACGAGGAGUGGCACUCUGCGGGGUGGAAGUGGUUCAAGCAGGUGCGCUUCGGACGCAAGGCGCUGUACGGCGCGCCGAACCUGCUCGGCCUCCAGCUAGCGUGUCUGGCGAGCAUGUAUCUCAGGGGCUCCUCGAGCCCUGAGGCGUCGAGAUGGAUCACAGGCGUCGGCCUGCGGCUCGCGAUGGACAUGGGUGCGCACAGGGGAAAGUCGUACAGCGCCACGCCAACGGUCGAGGAAGAGCAGCACAAGCGCGCGUUCUGGUCUCUGCUGUACCUCGACUGGGCCAUCAGCCCCUCGCUGGGCCGGCCGUGCGCGAUCCAACACGAAGACUUCGAUCUUGAUCUUCCGGUGGAGUGCGACGACGAGUACUGGGAGCCGUCCAGCUCGUCCAGCCCGGGCUUCGCCCAGCCGCCGGGGAAGCCGGCGAUCGUGAUUGCGUUCAACUGCCUGCUGCGGCUCACGCAGAUCCAGGCGUACGCACAGCGCACGAUCUACUCGACCAGCAAGUCCAGGACGAUCCUGGGAUUCGUCGGGCCGCAGUGGGAAGAGCGCAUCGUCGCCGAGCUCGACUCGGCGUUGAACAGCUGGCUCGACAGCCUGCCGUCGCACCUCAAAUGGGACCCGCGGAAUCCGAACACGACGUUCCUGUCGCAGUCGGCCAUGCUGCACGCUGCGUUUUACAACCUGCAGAUCACGAUCCACCGGCCGUUCAUUGCCUCGCGCCGCGGGGUGCCCUCCACGACGUUCCCGCCCAUGUCGCCGUCCGCGCGGUUUCCCAGCCUUGCGAUAUGCACCAACGCCGCCCGGUCCUGUGUCCACGUCUCCGAUGUACUCUGUCGCAGGCUGGGCCAGGGCACACACUCGUCGCUCGGGGCGUUGCAUCACAACAUGAUACCGCUCUUCACAUCCGGCAUCGUCCUGAUGUUGAACAUGUGGGCCGGCAACGACAGCCGCCGGCAGCUCGGCGACAGGAGCGUCGCGAAGGAGAUGAAGGAGAUGGUAGACGUGCACAAGGCCAUGGACAUGCUCAAGGUCAUGGAGGUCCGGUGGCACACCGCCGGCCGGCUGUGGGACAUGCUCUACGAGCUCGCCGUCGUCUGGGACCUCCCCCUGCCGUCCUCGAGCCAUGCCGCGGUCAUCCGCAGCAUCAAGCAGCACCGCGGGCCUGCGCGCGGCCGGCCGAGCGAGCCCGACGCGAAACCGCAGCAGCAACAGCACCAGCAGCACCAGCGGCGCGCCACGGUCUCGGUGGCCGCCCUGCAGCGGCGCGCGACGUCGCAGAGCCCGGCCUCCGGAGGCGGCGGCGCCGGUAGGCAGCGGAUGGCGAGGCUCGACCUCGACGUGUACCGCACCGACCCGGCCGCGCCGUGGCUCGAGUACGACCUGUCGCCGUCCGUGUUCAGCCAGCCGCAGCAGGAGGGAUCGUCCCCAGGUCAAGGCCGGCGCGGCGCGGAAGAACCCGCCGCCUUGGACCCGGCGCUGGACUCGAUAUUCACGGUGCGCUCGCGGGACAAGGCCGCCGCUGCCGCUGCCGAUGGUGAUGACGGUGAUGAUGGCGCGCCGCCCGCGGACUGGAGCCGCCACCGCCCGCUGCACCAACACCUGCACCAACAGCGGCAGCAUCCCCCGACGUGGACGUCCAACGCCGACUUUGGCGCGAACCCAGUGGAGAGCGAGGUGACGAUGGUGACGGCGGCGGUGGCGGCGGCGGCGGUGGCGGCACCUCGGCCGGCGAUAACCAUGGACACGAUCGCGCAGGUGCUCGACACGAUCCAGAGUCGGCAGGCCGAGUGGCCCGUCCCGCCGCCGCAGGGCAACGAGUGGCCCACGGCCGGGAGCCUGUCUAUCGACGCUUACCCGCCGCCGCCGCCGCCGCCGGCGUCGUCGGCGUUCCCGGCGGGCGCAGGUGCGGAAACGGACGCUGCGGGCGUUCGGCAGGAGACGUGGGCGAUGUGGCAUUCUGUGCCGGACGGGUUCGACUGGGACGAGUGGGGGACGUACAUCAACGCUAUGGGCUCGGGGUACCCCGGCAGCGGCGCGCAACUGGCUGAGGGCGGCGACGGCGGCAGCAGCAGCCAUUCUGGUCGGGCUUUCGGGGCGGCGCUUGACGCUGCUGGGUUCACGCCGCCGUAGGCGGAUUGUGUGUCUCUGGAUUGACAUGACCCUGUAGAUAUUAAUACACGAAUUCAUAGGCGUC